AUGCCUCUGUGUGCAGCCGUUGAAAAAAGACUACCUACUACCUACCAGUUCACAAAUGUUCAACAAGUACCUGGUGCGAAACAAUAUGUCGUUGACGCAUCUCGAAUGGGAAAUGUUACACGGUAUUUCAAUCACGCUUGUGGUGAUGUAGCUAAUCUUGAAGCCGUACCACUUUUUUCACGUGGAAAUUUGCUCACUAACAACAUGAUUUUCUUCACAAGGCGUAGUAUCUCUAGAGGUGAAGAACUUACGUUUUCAUAUCACGGCAAGGAUUCCAAGAAAAGGAAGAACGGUGUGCAGUGCUUAUAUUGUUCUGAGGACGAAAGAACAACCGAAGACUGUCAAAAUCUUCUGUUAUGCCACAAAAAUGGAGCACAGAAAAGUCGUGAAGUGACUUUGAGAUUGUCCUUCAAGAAUGCAUCACGCGACAGAAUGUCUGUCAUUAUCGAGAUCUCUCAACUGACUCCGUAUCUCGUCUCGGCGUCGAAAUACUAA